GAGAAAUACGCAUCACUUCAGAAGGAGAGGUAAGAUCUAUUUUUUUCACAUCUGAUUUUUUGUAUGUUUCGGGGCGUGAUAAUAUGGCCAGAGAUCAAUUCUUUUGCGUUUUGCGUUGAAUGUGACUGAUAUAUGCUUCGAUAUGUGUGAUUUUUCGAGUACGCGGGGAGAAGAAAAAAGAAAUUGAUUUGACUGCUUGUUCUGCCUUUUUUUUCUCUAUGAUUUCUGUCUAUUUUUAUUCCCUUGGUUUCUGAAUUUUUGGGAUUUUUUUCUGCGUUUCAUCUUGUCGGAUAAACCCUGUUAUAUAUCCCAUCUGUGUGCCCAUUAGAGACAUCAGUUUGUCUAAUAGCUUGACUGUUUUCUUCCAGCUUUCCAGCUUUUGCUUCUACUUGGAAUCCAUCACUAACAGAACAUAGAUAAACAUUCCCAAACAAAACAAAUCUCAAAAGAAAGAAAAAAAAGUCAGACAAAAUGUCCAAACCCACAGUCCCCAUCACCCUCAGCACCGAGGCCAUCGAGGACCUCAUCUACGAUGCCCGAAGUGGCGAUUUCGACGCUCUCAAGGAAGACAUUAGCGCCCAAAGCAAGGCGCACAACUGUCCCGAGGCGUUGAUCGUGGCAUCGGCCAUCGACAUGGAAGAUGAGGCCGAGGGAGGCACUGGAUGCUGUUUGCUGCAUUACCCUGCUGCCAAUGGAAACUUUGAAAUCCUGAACUAUCUCCUUCAAACCCUUACACAAGCACAAGAGCACGUAGCUCAAGUUAUUAACCACCGCAAUCACUCGGGAAACACACCUCUGCACUGGGCUGCGCUGAACACGCACCUUGAGUGUGUCAAGGCUCUUGUUGAGACUGGUGCCGAUUUGACCGUUAAGAACGACGCGGGUCUCGAUGCUAUUUUCCUGGCGGAGAGGACGGCGUGGUCCACCGAGGAAGGGGAGAAGAAGGAGGCUGAGCAGGCUCGGGCUGAGGCCGCGGGAGAGGAGGAUAUCGGGGAGAUGUCCCAGGGCCGACAGGUGGUGGAGUGGUUGUUGAGUUCGGAUAAGGGGGGUGAGUUGGAGCAUGGUGUGAGUGCGGGUGAGACCUCGAACUCGGCUGCUGCUGGGGAUGCGAUGGAUGAGGAUGAGAAGAAAUGAUUGCUCUCUUUGGGGGCUUUAAGAUGAAAG